AACAGCGGGAGUCAAUGGGAAAGAGAUUGGGUUCUGAUGAAGAAGAAGAAAAUGAAGAAGAAGAAGAAGAAGAAGAAGACGAGGAGGAGGAAGGAAGGUGGGGGGUGAAGGCAUGGGGUUUUCUGAGUAGAGUGAGGGACUCCUUCCCUCUGGUCCAGUGCAUAACUAACUUCGUCUCCAUGGACCUGAUGGCCAACACCCUUCUGGCAGCCGGUGCUUCCCCUGCCAUGGUCCACGCUCUGGAGGAGGUCCCUGACUUCACCCCUCACGCCAGCGCCCUCCUUAUCAACGUCGGUACACUCACUCCCUCGUGGUUGGCAUCUAUGAAGGCUGCCGCCGAGAUCGCUAACCGGCUGGGCAAGCCCUGGGUGCUUGACCCCGUCGCUGUCUCCGCCUCCGGUUUCCGACUCCGCGCUUGCCUCGAGUUGCUGGACCUCCGGCCGGCAGUCGUUCGGGGGAACGCUUCGGAGAUCAUCGCUCUCUCCGGUGCUUCUGCUGGACCCAACAAGGGGACAGAUGGCACCCACAAAUCAAUAGAGGCAAUAGAGGCAGCCAAACGCUUGGCUCAAACAUGUGGUGCCAUAGUUGCCGUUUCCGGGUCUGUAGACAUCAUCACAGAUGGAUGGCAGGUGGUUGGUGCAUGCAAUGGAGUUGCAAUGUUGCAGCGUAUCACAGCAACAGGGUGUGCAGUCACAGCUAUUAUUGCUGCUUUUGUUGCGAUAGAUCCUGAGCGCGCUUUGGAUGCCACUACAGCAGCACUCUCUGUAUUUGGUGUGGCAAGUGAACUUGGGAUGGAGAAGGCUUGUGGACCUGCUUCAUUGCGCAUGCACUUGAUUGACUCCCUGCAUGGCCUUGACAAGCGCACUGUAAUUUCACGGGUUAAGGUCAAACCUGAUCUAAAUUGUCCUUGAACAUAUGCUAAUUGCCUAAUUCCUUGUGCUGGCAUGCUCUGAACUGCCCUGGAAUAUGUACUUUUCGUCUAUAAGCAGUGAGAAUUGAGAGGUCAAUAAAUAAAUGUUACAGAAUUAUCUUCU